AAAAAACUAUCAGUCCCUCAAACACAAACACACAGUUGUAGUGUGGUGUGUGAGGCGGAGCUUUCAUUUUGUUUCCCAUGGCGGGAACUCUUCAAACCCUAACAACUCUCAAUUCUCCGGUGACCGGAACCACUCCAUUCCGAUCGACAAACCGCCACAAUCUGACGUCAUCGCACCUUACAUUUUCCGGCAAUCGUGCCUUAAGCCGCCACUCAUUGUUUCCUCUUUCAUUCACCCGGCCACUCGUAAUCCGAAACAGCACCAAUUCCGCUCAGUUUCAGGAAAAUAGCGGUCCGGAUGGCGGUCGUAAACGGAUAGUAGGAGUACCGAGUUUUUCGAUUUUUGUACAGCCUUUGUUGAAUUUUGCAUCUAGCAAUUUCCUUCCAUUAGCUCUUAUUGGAGGAGUAGCAUUAGGUCUUACAAAUCCUAGUCUUGGCUGUCUCGCUCAUAGAUACCAUUUAUCAAAAUGUAGCACGUUUGGGAUAUUUAUCAUAUCAGGACUGACACUGCGUAGUGAUGAAAUCGGUGCAGCUGCUGAAGCAUGGCCAGUUGGACUUUUCGGGCUAGCUUCUAUUUUAUUGCUGACUCCUCUCUUUUCCAAAGUUAUCCUGCAACUUCAUCUCCAACCUCAAGAAUUUGUCACAGGACUAGCGCUAUUUAGCUGUAUGCCUACAACAUUAUCAAGUGGAGUUGCUUUAACGCGGCUUGCUGGAGGAAAUUCAGCGUUGGCUCUUGCAAUGACUGUAAUAUCGAGUCUGUUAGGAAUUCUAAUAGUUCCUUUUUCUAUUUCAAAACUGAUAGCUGGUGGAGUGGGUACAUCUGUUCCAGCUGAUCAACUAUUUAAAAGCCUUUUGGUCACGCUUUUGAUACCUCUAAUUUUGGGGAAGGUUCUUCGGGAAUCCUUCAAAGGUGUUGCGGAUUUUGCUGAUACCAAUCGCAAGCUUUUAUCGCAAGUAAAUGCUAUCUUACUUAGUUUGGUCCCCUGGAUACAAGUGAGCAGGUCAAGGUCACUGCUUCUAAUGGUUAAGCCUGCCAUUUUUCUUGUUGCUGUACUAAUGGGAGCGCUCCUUCACCUCAUGCUGUUGGCUUUCAACGCCCUCUCAAUACAGAUCCUGUCUGCUGUAACUGGUGGCAGCAAAUCUGUUUUUGCAAAGAAAGAAAAUUCCACUGCCCUCUUACUUGUUGCUAGUCAGAAAACUUUGCCGGUGCUGGUUGCUGUUGUGGAUCAACUCGGCGGUGCAUUUGGUGAAUCGGGAUUGCUCGUUCUUCCCUGUGUUGCAGCACAUUUAAACCAGAUUAUCAUGGACUCUUUCUUUGUAAGUUUUUGGAACAAGAAGGAACAGUCACUUAACAAUGCCAAGUCAGCCUAGAUUACAAUCACAAUGUCUAUAUAAAGAAUAGUUUGGCUGAUUGCAUCAACAGAUGGCAUCUCAGUGGUUAUUUUUGAUUUGUUAUUUUUUUCACAAAUCAUGGGAAUUGUCCGUUUUCAAGUAUGUUAUGUAAAGACUAUGUACAAAAACUAUAUAACAUGUUGACAUGUUUAGAAGUUAGAACAGUGUACACUGCUGCAACUUUGAAACUUGAAAUGAAUGAAACUUCAGUACCUGAUUCUUAGAUUA